AUGGAAGCCUUAGAAGCGAGUGCCACUGCUGGUACACGAAAGGUGUGGUGUGUGGAGACCUGUCAUCAGCUUGUCGUCCUGAUCUUCGGGAUGCCAGUCCUGGAGGACACACUUUGCUACUCGAACAUUAGAUCAGAUGUACAUGAAGGGAAUGAAGAUGAAAGAGAAGCGUUGGUACAAGAACAGAGGUACUGUCGAACUCGGGCUCGCAAGCUUUCCCUGGAAACAAAUCGCAGACGAAAGGCUCUAGAGGAGAGAAGGAAACAGUGGGAUGUUCAGGAGCAGAGACUGAGGGAGAAUAUUCUACAGCAGCGCCAUCAGAGGGUCCAGGAUGCCACAGAGAACUUCCAAAGAGCUCAUCUCCCUCCUUCCCAGAGAAAAAGACCAGCAGCCUUUAAGAGAAGAACACUCAACCUUGAUGAAGCACUUCAUCACAUUCAGGGCAGUCCGCACUUAUACACUCAACAAUCUCCAUUUUUGGCAGGUGGCUCCACCAUUAGCAGGAGCUGCACUCCCUCCCCAAUGCCUUCAGGGGGCGCCCGUCACCUAUGUGCCUUAUCUGCAGCUGAGGCCUACGCCAAUCUCCUGCAGGAGAAGAGCCUGAGUAACUUCAAGAACAACCAGCUGCUCUUCCUCAGUGAGCAACAGGAGACCCAGGCUGUUCUGAAAGAAAAAGAGCAGGCCGAUCUACAGGAGUAUCUUGAUACCCCACAUAGCGACACAGAGAGUCUGUCUAGUCUGGACAGCUUAGAGAACAGAGACACUCAGAAGACCCAUGACACUACACCGGUUUGUUGCUCCCACCAGGGCACCACCUGUACCCAGUCUUUCUACCUCCCCGUGGAUCCCCCUAAGCUCCAAGAUCCCAAAAAUACUCCAGCACUAUUCAGACAGUCCAACAACCCAUGUUCACCAUCUCACCCCUCCACUUCUGUAGCAAAGAGCUUCCUGGAGGAGUUCUUAAAUCAGGAAAGCAAACUCAGUCUCAACUCACCCUCACCAAAGGAUCGUGAGUCAACAGAAGAAAACAGGAGUCUCCGGAAUUGCACGCAAGGAAGAUUUGAUAAUUCAAAAGACCAAUUGCAGACUUUCAACACCCAUAGUUGCCAAAAAGAGCUGACUCAGCAGGACUUAGCAGCUAAUUCAGAACAUAUGACUCAUGAUAAUGACAGAAACGCUCAAGGGAACAUUUUGAAAGACAAAGGAUCUGUGGUUGCCCACUGCAAAACACAAACCGUGCCAGAUACCACACCCCUGGAAUUCUCAAGUCUGACUAAAGACUUCAAGUCAGAAUCCAAGCAGCAGACAAGAACCCUGGAGGAGAAAUAUGCUAAACAUUUCUCAGAAACACAGACGGCUCUUCCAGCCAGCAGAUGCAAACACAGCAACAGUUCUUUCGAAGCCUUUUCGUGCUCCUCUGCCGUAACAUAUCGGACUGACAUGAGUUCCUCAAACAUACAACCAAUAGAAGAAUUGAGUUCUUCACAGUCACAUAAACGCAAACCAGAUGUAUAUGUUGCCACAGGGCUCAAGAUAGAAUCCAAACCGCUGAGCAUGGAGGAGAGUAUAAGCAUAGAUCCUAAAAAUGAAACGGAUGUCACCAAAUUGGCAAAAGCUGGAAUGCUGAAUUCUUCUAAAAGCAUGGAGGAACCAAACAGAACAUCUGCAGACCCCGUGACCCAUUCUGCCCCUAACAACAAUGUCAGAUUCCUGAAAGGGAUCCUUAAAAACCAUUUAAAAUCCAAAUCAGGCAAUGUCAAAUUCACUUACACUCCUGGCCAUUUGCUUUUCACCAAAGAAGUGGCCAUAUUAAUCCGGGACAGCGUAGAGCUGGCCAGGACAAAACUCAAUGAGCCAGAGCAGAAUAGGACGGUUAAGAAGAAACUACGCUGGUUUGAUGAGGUAGAUGGAGUUGAGGGGGUGGACCGAGUGUUUAGAGACCCCAGCAGGCAUACUAACUUGCCUCAACAAACCCAUAAACAGCUCUCGGCAGAUCACUCGGACCAUGUGAAUUUACUUACAGCUUUAUCAAAGAACAUCUCCAAUAAGACCUCUGCUGUCCCCGCUGGGCCCCAAUCCACUAGACAGGCCUGGGCAGAUGUAGGGCCCCAAGAAAGCCGUACACGGGAGCCCACCUCUCAAAGAAGAGCCCUCUGCACUGGUUUUCUUGCUCACAAUGGCCCGUUGUCUUCUUCGCCUCAAGUCUGUGCCAGUCUGUCCCAUGUCACUAUCAAUGGUGAUAGUCUGAUCAGUGGUGUCAAAGGAGCCUCAAAAAUGGGUGGAUUUUUCUUGUCUUCCUCUAACAUGAGAAGUCCAAUAAGGAGACAGGCUAUGGAGAGUAAUAUGGUGAAGAGCCGAGUUUCAGUGGAAAACAGCAGGAACCAAACGGCAGGAACAACACAGAGAAAGCCUAGUUUUCCUUAUCAGGUCACUGAGCCAAAACCUCAAUACCCAAAUAAAAAUGGUCAUGCAGCUGACAGUGAAGGCCCAGAGGUGUCAGACGGUGCUCAUGAAGUAGAGGACUGUGCUCCAACCCAUAAGAUCUGCAACGGUCCGAUUGGUCCAUUGAGCCAGAGAAUACAGUCGCUCAGUGUCAGCGCUCUGUCACUAGAGGAGCAGAAGAUCCUGCAGUCACUCGAGAGACUUAAUCAACGCCUGCAAUAUGUGCAAGAUACAGCUGGUGGCAACCCAGCAGUGAGGGGCAUCUUUACUUUGGGUCCUGCAUUUAACCAGACCGGUGAGACUGUAGGUGUCACCGUGCGUAGGCGAGGAGCCUCUGCUGAUAAUCGCACCCGAACUCAACAGCGUUACUGACUACACCUCCCAUGAUCCACCACUCCCUCAAGCACCUUCUCUCAGCUGCACUUUGCAAGCCUUUAAACUUUACGAUUAUAUGCUGUAUUUUGCUGAGACAUACUCAGAUACUUUAUCUGAGUGGUAUUUAAUUGUUUUUUAAAGGCAUAGUUCACCCAAAAAUGAACAUUUGCAGAAAAUUUACUCACCC